CAAGAUGAACCCUAACGUUACAGGAGCGAGGUUUAGGUGGGCAGAGAAAGAAAAAUGGCAAGUGAAGGCAACCCGAACGCGAGGGUUGGGAAUGGAAAUGGGUUCAAAUCCAAACUAAACCACUUCCUUUACAGUGGAGACAAAAAGCAUGUCUUUGCUGGCUUAACCAUUAUUACUGCCAUUUUCGCCGUCCCCUGGUACUACAUGAGCCGAGGGUCUAAGCACCAAUCUCAUCAAGACUAUCUAGAAAAAGCUGACAAAGCGAGGAGCGCACGACUCUCUUCAUCUUCGGCUAAAUAAUGGCACUAUUCAUCAUUAUUUGAUAUGCUGUGGAGCUGCUCAACAUGUUCUCUUCAUCAGCUGUCUGAUAGUGUACUAGCUUCCAAAGCAUUGAUUAGUUACUUUUUUUUUAUGAGUGCAGUGUCUGUUCGUUUUUUUUUUAAAAAAAAUAACUUCAGCGCAGGAUUUGAUUUACAGGAAUAGUUAAUAGCAUACGUUUUUGGUACUUGGUGAGAGAAAUCCUUCUAAAUUUUACUUUCCUAAUGCUCUUUCACUAGUUUUCAGGAUUCUAAGGAAUCCAAAAAUAUGCAUCGUUAGUACAAUAAUACAUUAUUUAGUAAGUUUGUGAGUUUUGCGAACAAACUUUCAACAAUAACUAGUGUUUUGGCCCAGGCUAAUUACAAUUUUCAAAUAUAUUAUUGUUCAUAAA